UUUUUCUUGUUUUAAAUCUUUUGAAUUUUAUUUUUGUUUUAAAUCAGUAUUAUGUAAUAUUGUUGCUUUUCCUGUUUUCACUUUGGAUUUGUUUAGUCUGCCAAAAGUUAUUUAAAUAGUAUUUUAUCACAUAAGAAAAUAAUUUGGACUAUUUUCUUUCUUUUCACAAAAAAAAUCAUUCUGACUAAAAUGUGAGACUGAAAAGUUUCAAUACGUUCUUACAAAACAUUGCAUCUUCUUUUCUUGUUUUGUCUAGUCUUCUGCCCAUCAUUUGAGAAUAUAGUGAUUGGUAGUUGACAUCUGUGGCCAUACUUCAGAUCUUGGAAGAAGUCCAUGUAGUUCGUAAUGACUGUCAGCUUGGGUUGGUACCGAGUGUGUAUGAAGACGUACAGGUUUGGAGGUGAGCGCCAGGGUUGAUGGUACCCUGACCUCCCUUCCAAGAAGAAGGAUGAUACUCUGAUUUGGAGAUCUCAGAGAGAAUGAAACGAGCUCAACAUGGCAUGUGCACCAGACAGCUACAAGGAUAAUGUGAUAGAAACACUUCAGUUCCCUGAUGUAGACAAGAGAAUUCCACCCUUCUUUAAUGCUGGAGACUGGUCAAUAUCUCCCACAGACUUUUCUUUUGAAGGACCCAUAACAUGUUUAUUAUGUCAAAAGGAAUAUGAACUAUCAUCCAAUCUGGAUGUAUUCCAUCUUCAUCUUUUAGAAGUUCACCAAUUCCUUAUUCGUGAUUCCCAUCUCAUCUGUGAUCUCAAAAGGUAUAUUGAAUACUGGAGGGAGAGGUUCUCAAGAGAAGAUUACAGGCAUAUUUGUACUGUUCAUCAAGAAUCAGAAAAUGAUGUUCAAUACAGACUUGAUUCAUCAGUGGAUGAAGAUUGUCAGAUUCGUGAAUACUUGCAGCGCAAGCGUCUAGAUGCGGUUUUGGCAUUCCAGCAGGCAGAACGUGAUGAUACUUCACUCUCCAGAUCUUGUCUCUUUUGCCGUGAAUCCUUCACCGGAAACAGAGCCGACCUAUUUAAUCACAUGGCUUUCAGUCACAGCUUUAAUAUAGGCCAGCCAGAUAAUAUAGUGUUUGCCAAUGAUUUCCUUGAUCUCCUGGAAAGAACACUCCAAAACCUCCAAUGUCUUUAUUGUGAGAAGAUCUUCAGAGACAAAAUGGCACUUAAGGAUCACAUGCGUAAGAAGCAGCAUCGGCGUCUCAACCCUAACAACAAGGCGUAUGAUAGAUUCUAUAUCAUCAACUACCUUGAGGCAGGAAAAGAUUGGCAGACAGUUCAAGCUGAGAAAGAUGUGUUGAUCACUUCAACAGACUCUGGAGAUGAAGAGAGCUGGGAUGAUUGGGAAGAUGACUUGCAUACUAACCUUGUAUGUCUCUUCUGUAAGCAUAAUGCAUCUAUGGUGGAUGAUCUCUUUACACACAUGGUACAGUCACAUCACUUUGAUCUUCAGAAGUUCAAGGAAGACAAUGCUUUGAAUUUUUAUGAUCAAAUCAAACUGGUCAAUUUCAUCCGUCGCUCUGUUCAUCAGUCUGUAUGUGUUUGCUGCCAUCAGAGGUUUAAAGAUGGAGAAUGUCUUACUGACCAUCUAUCAACUCAUUCUGAUCACAUGACUCAAAGUCUAGAUCGCAAGAAGUGGGACCAAUCUCAGUUCCUCUUCCCAACAUUUGAGAACGAUGCUCUUCUAUGUUCACUAGAGGAUCUAACUGACGACGAGGACACAUCCAUAUCCCACCAUGACUCCACGUUAGGGGUACCCAUCCUUGCUGAAGAUCAACAAAACCUCCAAGACAGCUUCCUCAUUCAAGAAAAAGACAUCCUACGGACACUUAUAGGCAGUAGAUGAUUUUUGUAACUUGUUUUAAAGAAUCUGUCAAGAACUAAUAAGACAGCACAUUAUAUGUUAUCACAAUAACAUCUUAUGACGAUGGAACACGUAAAAGUCAUCCUGAAGACUCCGGGAUUUGAGACACAUUCUACGUUAAAUUGCAGUAAUAUAUCAAUGGCAUUGGCGUCAGCAGAGAGGAUGAUCUUUUGGAUGCCGAUGAUCAUUGGUGACCAUGGAUUUUAUACAAUGAGCCAAUACUCCAAACAUGGAAUAUUUUGUGGUAUGGAAAUGUUUAUAUCUGUACAAUUCUUGUUCAACUCUAUGUAUGACAGGAUCGUCCUAUCAAUAUUUAUAACAGGAGCAGAGCCAUGGUAUUUAGAUAGGAGGCAGAAGGACUUGACACUAAUAGUCCUGUGGCAUCUUUUCAAUACUUUUCUUUCUUUCUUCCAUUCUCUCCCGUUUUUCUUCAUUACUUGAAUAGUGGCACCGCCUUUGAUUUCAGAUUUAACAAUCAAUAGAUUUGUUUCAUUAAGAUAACAGGCAUGUCAGUGAAUGCACAUUUUAUCAACCCUCAAUAAAUUGCUCAGGGUUGCAGAGAUACACUCAAAUUUAAAAAUUUCAAGUCACCAGACAUGUUAAGAUGUCACUCCUCUAACAGGAGCACCCACCAUAAGUGAUUGCAAGAAGUUUUAGAGACGUCCAUUUUGUUCUUGCCAUAACCAAAGCACUGUUAUAAGGAUCUAGUUCUAACUUAACUAGCACAUCAAUGAUGUGGAGCUCAUCCGGCAUCUCGCAACAAAAUUAAACACAAUUUUAAUUUCAGCCCAGU